CAGCACCAGAUAAAAAUCUUGGUUACCUAGAAAAUGAGCACCUGCUUGAAUUUGCCAACUGCAUGGGACCGGAAUGGAAACAAGUGGGCGUCAGACUAGGUCUCAGUUGGAACAGGAUCCAGCAAAUAUGUAGCGACUAUAGCCUAUCACAAGAUCGCAUCAUAAAUAUGCUUACAGAAUGGAGGAAACAACAGAACUACGAGACAAAUCAAGUUGAAAUAAUGUACAGGGUUUUGACAGAGCGAGGACUCGCCGAGCUUGCUAACAAGGCCUUUGGAUCUCAGUUAUUGUCAGUGGAUCAACCAUUCCUUGUAGAAGGUGAAGGACAUGCUAGUGCAAAAUUACAUCUAAGACGUAAAGAAAAAGAUGGUUAGUAAUGUAUUAUUAAU